AGAGAGAAGAGAGGGUUAUGGCCAUGGCCAUGUAAAACUCUAAUAAUAUUAUUCAAAACACGUUCUACAUAACUGCCGUUUUGAUAAAGACAACAAAAAUGAGGUUGGCCUUUGACAACACAACCCACAACCCACAACAAGUUGAAGAAGGUGGUUGUGGCGGUGGUCUUUCUUCGUAUUCUUCUCUUUGAGAGGUCGAGGAUCACUCCCCACUACCGGUAUUUCUGUUAACUUUCCCUUUUCUCCCCCAAAACAACGUCGUCCCCAAUAUUUUCUCUUCUCCUUUCUCUUUCGAAUGCAAUCCGGUCAGAAUCCGUCAUAGAAAAAGCAGUUUUCCUGUUGCAUUGGACGACCAGACCAUCAUCAUUCGGCAGUCAGAGCCCAUUGUUUUUUUGUUUUGUUUUCACCAGGCAGGCGAACUGUUUUGCAUUUUAAUAUUCUGGGUGCAAGUGAUAUUGUUGUGUGCAAAUAUUAUAUAUAUAUAAGUUGAAAGGUAGGUGCUUAUUGGUGAAUAACAGACAAGACAGCAUGACUAAAAUGAAGAGUCGGGUAUCACGAAUUGGAAGCUAUGCAAUUGCAUCUUCCAAAAGAGACGGCCACCAUCAACAGCCUUGCAUUACGUGCACCACUUUCAACAUCCUCGCUCCAAUCUACAAGCGCCUCAACCAUGACGACCCCAAUUGUCGAGAAAGUGAUUACAGAGCGUAUUGGCUGGCCAGGAAUCAAAGGAUAUUGGAUUGUUUGUUGGCGGAGAGAUCUUCCAUCAUUUGUCUUCAGGAGUUCUGGGUAGGAAAUGAAGAGCUAGUGAAUAUUUAUGAGAAGAGACUUGGUGAUGCUGGUUAUGUCAACUUUCAGCUAGCACGGACCAACAACCGUGGCGAUGGUUUGCUGACCGCGGUGCAUAAGGACUACUUUAGAGUUGUAAACUAUCAGGAGAUUCUAUUCAAUGAUUGCGGUGAUCGUGUUGCUCAGUUGUUACAUGUGGAAUUAGCUACCCCAAUUUCACAGUUUCGAAACAAUGAUAUUAGGCAGGAUAUCCUCAUUGUGAACACCCACUUGCUAUUUCCUCAUGACUCAAGUUUGUGUAUAGUUCGAUUGCAUCAGGUCUACAGAAUCUUACAAUACGUAGAGUCUUAUCAGAAAGAGAACAAGCUUAAUCCCAUGCCCAUCGUACUCUGCGGUGACUGGAAUGGAAGCAAACGUGGACAUGUUUACAAGUUUCUUAGGUCCCAGGGGUUUGUAUCUUCUUAUGAUACUGCUCAUCAUUACACCGAUGCAGAUGCACACAAGUGGGUUAGCCACCGAAACCACAGGGGAAACAUAUGUGGCGUUGAUUUUAUAUGGCUUCUCAAUCCUAAUAGUUACCGCAAAUUACUAAAAACAAGUUGGAGUGAGGCAGUAUUUGGCAUGUUCAAGUAUCUACUACGAAAAGCUUCCCUGACAGAAGAUGAUGCCUUUGCCUUUUUGAAGGUUGAUAAUCCUGGUGAUUACAUUACCUAUUCAGGUUUCUGUGAAGCACUUCGACAGCUUAAUAUGACUGGUCAUUGCCAUGGACUUAGCCUUGAAGAGACCAAGGACUUGUGGGUCCAAGCAGACAUAGAUGGAAAUGGUAUUCUUGAUUACGCAGAAUUUCAGCAACGAAUUUGGAAUCCUACGGGGUCAGAGCAGAGAGAUGAAAGUGGUAAUGACUGUGAUAGUGGUUCCAAGGGAAAUCAGGAACAAACAAUUGGUUUUAGUGUCAAAAAUGCGGUUCUCUUCCCUCCUGAAGUGGAGAAAGGAACUUGGCCUGAAGACUACUCUCUUUCCGAUCAUGCACGACUCACCGUGGUGUUCUCACCAAUAAGAAUGCCAUGCUCUCAGAUGAUUCCCUGAUCAACCUCAGGUGCAGUGGAACUUUGGUUUAAGACUUGUACAUAAAGAACCUAAAACCUGCAAACUGGAAAAGGUCAGUGGCUGCCAGAUCGUGGGGAAUGGAUGUAAAACCAGUUUUCUUCAGCAAAGAGAGUGAAAAGAACUUCGAUCGUAAAGCCAGAGAGAGAGUAAAAAGACCGUUGAUCAGGGUUCCUUGUUUCUUCCUGUGCCAGUGUUCGAACCUUCUCAAUCUUCCAUAUACAAGUGGGCUACAUAAGUGCCAACAAACACACUAGAACUGGCCCUUUGAUCUGCAAUUGAUCAAUUGAACUAGCAUCUGCAUUACACUCGGUCCUAUAUUGCCUUCCAUUGUUGCCCAUUGAUGUGAAAAAGGAAGCUAAGAAUAACAAACAAAGAGUUGUGUAGCUGUGCAUUUGCAUAUGUGUCUAGAGAGUUGUAUAGCAGUGCAUAUGCUGGGCUUGCAGCGAUCCCCUACUAUUUGUAGCAUGGUGAGAUGAGAUUUACCAAAUUAGAGGGUUUUUGUACUUGCAGUGCAUUCAGCAUCAAUGUUAAUACAAUCAUAUCGCAACUGAUUUCGCUCUAUUGCAGCACGUUGACAUAUUAUGACAGCAACAAGAGUUUUUGACA